ACAAAAGAAUGAAAGACAAAGCUAAAGCCAAUUUGCAACAACGAAAGAGGGUUGAAAGGCUCAACAAAGGUUUUGAUGACUUGAGAAGAGUCCUAAGAAUCGACAUGGAUACAUCAAAAAUUUGGACUCUAACCAAAGCGAGCAAGUACAUCGAUCAGUUGACACGAUUGCUCAAUGAAAGUACUUCUUAUGAAAAGAAUUGCGAAAGUGGUGAGAUUACUAAGUUUGAAGUGCAAGAGUUCCAGUGUCCUGAAAGAUUACACCACCACAACUAAACGCAUCGAGUUAGUAAUGCAAACAUUAACGAAAGGUUAUUUUACUUCUCAAGAGAGUUAUUUAUUGUUAUUGUUCUGUGGAGAGCCUGACUUCUCAACUCAAGCUGGCUCCCUGAUGAUAUGAA